AGUAGAAAUAAAAAAGCGCUUUAAUGAAUGUGCACUUUGGUAGCCAAUCUACGCCGCCGCCCUGUGUCCAGUGUCCCGGUAUCUGAGGGGUGGGGUGGACUGAGGGAUAUUCCUUCUCCUGCAGCGCGUGCUGAUCAGCGAAUCGACCGUUAUUCAUACACUGGUGAAGACAGGGGACAGGAGCGCCCCUCAACUGUGAUUACACUGAACUGAAACAGUAGCUGGGUGCGAGCGAGGGAGAGCUCGUGCGAUAGGGUCUGUAAACAGAGCGCCCCGACUGAUGUGUGCCAGAGGCCAGGCUGCGUAAAUACGGAAGUGUGCAGAGACAGACGAUGACUCUACAUCCGUUAUAAGCUGACACGCGAUGGCCUGUCCCCCAAACUUAACACCAGCUACCUUCCAGUGAUCUGAUAGAACUGCCACAGAUUCAUCACGGCUUGCAGGAUGCUUCAGUCGCUUGCCCUAGCCCGCGGUGUGCUUAUCGUCUCCGCCUUACUACAGGUUUUCCACGAUUCUAGGUCCACUCGUUCUCCGUGCCCUCGUAGUUCCAUUGUCGGCCGACAGGUGGAGCUCGAUAACAAUCAGAUGAUGGAAAUAAUGCGACUGAAAGGCGUUCCGUACGUGCCCGACUACAUGGCGCCGAGCGAGGAACAGGCCAAGAGGCAGUUCCCCAACAUGAUAAAGUUGACGGAGGCUUACAAGGAAGUCCACUUGGAUUAUCAUCAUUUCGUGCCAGACAAAGAUAAUGAGUUAACGAUGAAGCGUUUACUACACGACCUAGAACAUCUUCAUAAUCAGAAGUUACAACACCUCCACCCUCGUACUAACACCGACUCUCUCCUCGUACAGAAGCUCGACAACCUAACGUCCGCCUUACUCCGGCUUAACUUUACUAUAUCCUCCAAACUUCUCACUAAACUACUGCCCGGAGACUCGGCCCAGCUGCUGCUGGGGCGGAGAAAGCGACAGACUAAUGCUGACGGCUCGGUCACAGAGACACAGUAUUGUAAGGAAAGGGGAACGCUUACCCCUGACGGCUCCUACCUACGCAUGUGCAGCACUUGUUCAGCUACAACUACGCUGCCUACCGAUCAUUUCCCACGAGUCAUUAACGAGGUGGUUUGUUCUAACCAGGACCGAGGCUGCUUAACCAUCAAUGGUGUAGAUCACGGUCGUUGUACCCAAAAGGUUUUCCACCUGAACAUGUUGAGGAAAAAAAAUGACAGUUGUGAGACGGUCAGCCUGUUAGGGGAUGCAUCACUAUCCGACCAGUGGGAAAUUUAUACACAGCCCAUACGCGUGAGUUGUGAGUGUGAGAUUGACAAGCUCUCCAUGUUCGCUGGUUACAUACCUGCCAAUACUUCAUCGCCCUGAAAGAGACAAAUAGUGCAGUACGUCUUGUAUUUGGUGGAUAUGGUGAGGAAACCCGCGAGAAAACUGUUCAGAUUUAGAGACAAGACUCCGUGGUCACCGUUCGUGUCAACUCGAGGGCAUAUGUGUGAUAGGAGACAUUCCCCUACCUGUGAAGACGUUUGAUAGGAGACAUUCCACUACCUGUGAGGACAUGUGCGAGACAUUCCUCUACCCGUGAAGACGUGUGAAUGCAAACAUUCCUCCACCUUAGGACCUGUGUGACAGGAAACAUUUCUCUACCUGUGAGGACAUGUGUGUGAUAGCAGGCAUUCCCCUACCUGUGAAGACGUUUUAUAGCCGACAUUGCACUACCUGUGAGGACAUGUGUGAGACAUUCCUCUACCCGUGAAGACGUGUGAAUGCAGACAUUCCUCUACCCGUGAAGACGUGUGAAUGCAAACAUUCCUCCACCUUAGGACCUGUGUGACAGGAAACAUUUCUCUACCUGUGAGGACAUGUGUGUGAUAGAAGACAUUCCACUACCUGUGAAGACGUUUGAUAGCAGACAUUGCACUACCUGUGAGGACAUGUGUGAGACAUUCCUCUACCCGUGAAGAAGUGUGAAUGCAGACAUUCCUCCACCUUAGGACCUGUGUGACAGGAAACAUUUCUCUACCUGUGAGGACAUGUGUGAGACAUUCCUCUACCCGUGAAGACGUGUGAAUGCAGACAUUCCUCUACCCGUGAAGACGUGUGAAUGCAAACAUUCCUCCACCUUAGGACCUGUGUGACAGGAAACAUUUCUCUACCUGUGAGGACAUGUGUGUGAUAGCAGACAUUGCACUACCUGUGAAGACGUUUGAUAGCAGACAUUGCACUACCUAUGAGGACAUGUGUGAUAGCACACAUUGCACUACCUGUGAAGACGUGUGUGAGACAUUCCUCUACCCGUGAAGACGUGUGAAUGCAGACAUUCCUCUACCCGUGAAGACGUGUGAAUGCAAACAUUCCUCCACCUUAGGACCUGUGUGACAGGAAACAUUUCUCUACCUGUGAGGACAUGUGUGUGAUAGCAGACAUUCCACUACCUGUGAUGACGUUUGAUAGCAGACAUUGCACUACCUGUGAGGACAUGUGUGAUAGCACACAUUGCACUAUCUGUGAGGACAUGUGUGAGACAUUCCUCUACCCGUGAAGAAGUGUGAAUGCAGACAUUCCUCCACCUUAGGACCUGUGUGACAGGAAACAUUUCUCUACCUGUGAGGACAUGUAUGUGAUAGCAGACAUUCCACUACCUGUGAAGACGUGUGUUAUAGGAGACACUCGUCUGCCUGUGAGGACAUAUGUGUGAUAGGAGACAUUCCCCUACCUCUGAGGACGUGUUAUAGGAGACAUGCCCCUACCUGUGAGGGCGUGUUUUAUAGCAGACAAUCGUCUACCUGUGAGAAUAUAUGUGACAGCAGACAUCCCUCUACCUGUGAGGACGUGUGAUUGGAGACAUUCCUCUGCCUGUGAGGACGUGUUAUUGGAGACACUCUACCUGUGAAGACACGUGUGAUAGGAGACAUUCCCCUACCUGUGAGGACACGUGUAAGGAGACAUUCCCCUACCUGUGAGGACGUGUGAUUGGACACAUUACCCUACCUGUGAGGAUACGUGACAGGAUACAUUCCUCUACGUCUGAAGAUAUUUGUGAUUAGAGACAUUCCCCUUUCUGAGAGGACAUGUGUGAUAGGAGACAUUCCCCUACAUGUGAUGUGUAAAAUGUUUUGUGACGUGUACGUCUUUAGCAGACAUUUCUCUACCUGUGAGGACAUGUGAUAGCAGACAUUCCUCUACCUGUGAGAACAUGUGAUAGCAGACAUUCCUCUACCUGUAUGGACAUGUGUGAUAGCAGACAUUCCACUACCUGUGAGCAUGUGUGAUUGGAGACAUUCCUCUACCUGUGACGACGUGUGAUAGCAGACAUUCCCCUACCUGUGAGGACAUGUGUGAUAGCAGACAUUUCUCUGCCUGUAAGGACGUGUGAUAGCAGACAUUCCUCUACCGGUGAGGACGUGUGAUAGCAGACAUUCCUCUACCUGUGAGGACAUGUGAUAGCACACAUUUCACUACCUGUGAGGACAUGUGUGAGACAUUCCCCUACCUACGAGGACAUGUGUAAUAGCAGACAUUCCUCUACCUGUGAAGACGUGUAAUAAGAGGCAUUUCUCUACGUGUGAGGACAUGUGUCUGACAAGACAAUCCUCUACCCGAGGACCUGUGUGUGAUAGGAGACAUUCUUGUACCUGUGAGGACGUGUGCUUGGAGACAUUCCUUUACUUGUGAGAACAUGUGUGAUAGGAGACAUUCCACUACCUGAGAACCCGUGAUAGGUGACAUUCCCCCGUCUGUGAGGACGUGUGUGUUAGGAGACACUCCCCUACGUGUGGUGUGUAAGAUGUUUUGUGACGUGUACGUCUUUAGUGAGAUCUAGCAUCUUCUGCAAAUGUACCGUGUUUUAUGAUAUCUAACAUCUUCUGCAAAUGUACCGUGAUUUGUGAUGUCGUAACAUCUUCUGCAAUAUACUAGGUUUUGUGAUCUGUACUGUCAUGUGUUACGUAUCCUUUAAUGUGUCAUGUAUUCGGUGAUGUGUCAUGUAAUCACUGAUGUGUUAUGUCUUUUACGAUGUAUAUCGCCAUCUGAGAUAUAUCGAUGUUUUGUGGUGUGUACCGUCUUCUGUGUGGUGAAGCGUGCUCUGGAUGUUUACCAUGUGUAACGUGUUUUGCUAUGUGUAUCAUCGUCUGGUGUAUGUAAAAUCUUUUGCAAUGUUUACCGUCUUUUGUUAUAUAUACCCACUUCUGUUUCAUGUAACGUCGUCUGAGGUAUGUACCGUCUGCUGUGGUGUACUGUCUCCUGUGGUAUCUACAGUCUGCUGUGAUGUGUACGGUUAGCUGUGAUGUGUACGGUCAGCUCUGAUGUGUACUGUCUCCUGUGGUAUGUACAGUCUGCUGUGAUGUGUACCGUGGUCUGUGUCAUGUAACGUCUAAUGUGAUGUGUACCGUCGUCUGUGGUAUAUACCGUCUGCUGCGAUAUGUACAAUCCUACUAUGCGAUGUGUAGCGUCCGCUGUGAUGUGUAACGCCUUCUGUGAUGUGUAGCAUCAGCUGCGAUGUGUACCGUUCUCUGUAAUGUGUAUCAUCUACUGUGAUGUGUAUCGUCAUCUGCGAUGUGUACCGUCUGCUGUGAUGUGUACCCUCUGCUGUGAUGUGCCAUCUACUGUGAUGUGUAACGUCAUCUCUGUUGUGUAACGUCAUGUGAUGUAUAACACUGUCACGGUGUGUAACGUCACGUGAUGUGUAAUAUUGUGGAGUGUAACGUCAUCUCGGAUGUGUAACGUCUUCUGUGAUGUUGUUUGUGAUGUAUAACAUCAUGUGGUGUGUAGCAUCAUCUGUGUAAUUUCUACAGAAACUCUUGCCUAAAACUGAGGACUGACCGUUUUAAUAAAAUGGCUUAAAGUAAAGACAACGUUUAAUCCACUGUAUUAUAGGAUUGCAUAUACAUGUAUAGUGUCUUCCUUGAAACAUGCAUGUAAUUCGUCUUUUAUUUGGAAAAUUAUUCCCAUACGUUCCAACUGCUAUAUUUCAUAUAUUUGUCAAAUGAUGGAUAUAAUUAUGAUUUAAAACUUAUUAAACUUUGA